AUGGAGAAUGAGCAGCUUUUCGAGGCUGAGGUUGAGGCCGAAACGCAGCGACAUGCGCAGCAGUCUUGCCGCUGCCGCCUAACGUGCCUCAAAUGGGCGAGGGCUGUGUUACCAGGCACAGCGGAGGACGAACCGCAUUCUGAGCAACCUCGCGAGACAGGCAGCCGGUGGUCGUGGAAAGGGUUCAGAGAACCGAGUAUCUUUUGGCUAUUCCCGUUCAUCCUCCUCUUCACGCUCGGCUUUGGCGGAAUCGCCGUGCCCAAGAUCAACUUGAUCCUGACCCUGCUUUGUCGCGAUUACUUGUCCGAGCGAGCGGCCCAAGACCCGAGUUUUACCUACCUCCCUGUCCUCUCCGGAGACGAAAAUCCCUACUGUCGCGUCCCCCAGGUUCAGUCGCUGGUGGCCCGGUUCCAACUCUACAUCAACCUUAUCGCGGGGAUCCUCUCCGCUCUCGUGAGCCCGCGGAUCGGUCACUUGUCGGAUCGCUAUGGUCGCACUAAAGUCAUUGCGUUGUGCGCAUUUGGCUGUGUCUUGAACGAAUCAAUCACCGUGAUGGUGGCUACUUGGCCCGAUCAGAUGUCGGUCAACUGGAUACUCGUUGGUGCCGUAUUUGACGGAUUGGGAGGGUCCUUCACCACCGCAUUGGCCCUGCUGAAUUCAUAUGCUGCUGACUGCACGUCGCCAGAUCGGCGAAACGUGGCAUUCGGCUUCUUCCAGGGCGCCCUCUUCUUUGGUAUUGCCGUUGGGCCCACCCUUGCAGCAAUACUGAUCAAAAAGACUGGAGGUCCGCUGUUGGUGUUUUACCUGGCAUUGUCGUUCCAUGCGCUGUUCUUGCUGGGUGUCUUCUUUGUCGUCCCCGAGUCUCUUUCGAAAGAGCGACAGGGAAUUGCGCGCGAGAAACACCGCAGGAAGUCUGUGGAUGAUACCGGCUCGUCGUGGUCAUUGCGCACCCUGAACCCGAUGAACCUGAUCACCCCUCUCUCCAUCCUCCUGCCUGCCGUAGGACGACCGAGUGUCUUAUUCGCCAACCGCCGAGGCGCCAGCGCAGCGCUGCGCCGCAACAUUAUCCUGCUGGCGGCUAUCGACACAGCCGCCUUUGGCGUUGCCAUGGGCACGGUUCAAGUUAUUAUUAUCUAUGCGGAGUACAUGUUCCACUGGGGCAACGUGGAGUCGAGCCUGUUUGUGUCCAUCGUCAAUGUUGUCCGCGUCGGCACGCUCCUUGUGGUCUUUCCAAUCGUCGCCCAUUUCUUCCGCACCCCGUCGCCGGACGACGGCCGCAUUCGUGGAUCCGACAUGAUGGACGUGGUGGUGAUUCGCAUGUCGCUUGUCUUCGAUAUCUUGGGCUACGUCGGAUAUGCGUUGUCCAAACAUCCCUCUGUCAUGAUCCUGUCGGGCAUCACCGCGUCUCUUGGCGGCAUGGGAUCUCCUAUCCUGCAGUCGUCGCUCACCAAGCAUGUGCCCCACGAGCGGAUCGGCCAGAUGCUGGGUGCCACUGGCCUUUUGCAUGCACUGGCCCGCGUGGUCGCACCGACUGUCUUUAAUCUAAUCUAUAGUUUGACCGUCGCUACGUUUCCCCAGACGGUAUUUAUUUGUCUCGCAUCCGUGUUUGUGGUUGCGCUAGGCCUGAGUUUCUUGAUUCGGCCUCACGUGUCUCUGGAGGUCGAGCCUACCUCUGACUUGCGUGAGGCAAAUGAGGAGGGCGAAGAUGAAUAUGACCAGCUUUUGGUGAAUUGA